AUGCAAAAUCCUUAUAUAACAAGCACUUUAUAUUUUCCAAAAUAAUCAUACUUAAGUAAAUACAAAGGAUUUUAUGAAUUCAAAAAAUAAAAAUAUCAUAGUCCAGAGGAAAGGAAAAUUAAGGAAAGAAGAAUAUAAAAUAAUUAAACAUCUGAUUUUGAAGAAACAAUUUUAAUAACUAAUUCUGCAAAAUAACUAAUACCAUAACGAAGGAUUACUUUUGAAAAUUAAAUUAAUAGUGAUGAGGAGUCUCAUUUCUAUAAAAAUGAAAGUUCACCUUCUCACAGAUACUUAGCAAAUUCUUAGAUGUUAAAAUAAUAAAAAUAAAUAUUACCUUCUCUUCCUUACUAAACUAAUAUUAAUUAAAUAAAACUUUAAGCAAGAUAAUUAUUUGUUAAACCAUUUAUUAAAAAAUAAAAAAGUCUUGAUCAUGUAGUUUAAAUUUGUUAUUCUAAUAAAUAUUUUGCUCAAUUAAAAGAAGGAACUAGUUUAAAAUGUUUAUUUAAGACUGCAGCCUUAAAAGAAGAGAAUUAUGAUAAAAUUUUAAUUAUUUAAUUUGAAAGUAAUAAAUUAUCUAUAAAUUUAGAUCUUAUAUUAAAAAGAUCAUAUUCAUUUUGGGAGAACUAAACUGAAAUAACUAAUUGUGGUAUCAGUUUAGGAACAAACAAUUAAGAAUAAUGUGAGAAUUCAUAUUGCAUUUGUAAUUUGAGAAGAGAAUUUAAAAAUACACUAAAAAUGUACAUCAAUUAUUUUAACAAAGAUUGUCAAAGGCUUUUAUAAUAAUUUUCUUGGUUUAAAAUGCUAAUUUUAUGUUAAAAUGGCAUAAAUAUCUUUAGGAUUAAAAUUAUUAAUAUGAUGCAAUAUACAAAGCUAGAAUAACAAAAGAUGUACGUAUAGGUGGCAUUUAAUUGAAUAGAGUUUUUAAUGAUUUCUAGAAAUUUAAUUUAUCUAAAAUAAUUUACUUUGAUUCAAUUGAUAUAUCGAAUUCAUUCAAAUUACAUCCAGAAGACUUAUAGUAUAAAAUACCAAUAGCUAAUUGCAACAUUGAGACAUCAAUAUUUUUAUUUAGGAAAAAUCUACAAUAAAAGUAGUUUGAUUCAAAUCUGUUAUAUAACAUAUCUAUGGCAAUUUUUUAAGGCAAGGAACAUGUAAUUAGCAAAAAAUAAGUUUAUUUUGAAAAUAUCGAUUUACACUUUGUUUUUGAGUAUUAUUCUUCCUAAAAUUAAAUUAAGAAAACGAAUUAAUUAAGAAAACUUGAUGAAUUAAAAUAAAAAUAUUAGAGAAUUUUACAAACAUUAAAUGAGUCUCAAACAACACAAUCUGAAAAGGAUGAAUAUUUAAUUCAGUGGAUAUAAGCAACAAGGAAUGAUUUUAUCAAUGAUUUUAAGAUGAAAAAGAAUGAAAGAGUUCCUCAAUUUUAUUUUACAAUAGGAGAUGUUAUUGUAAGGAAUUAAAAACUAAAAUGGUAACAUUUUAGCUAUAAAAGUGAAAAAAUAUAAAGUAGAUAUGAACAUCUUUGUAAAUAGAUAACUAAAUUAAAUUAAGAUCAUGAAAAUUUUGAAAAACACUAACAUUCAAUUAAAAUUAAUUGUAUACUUUGUAUUGAAUGA